CGUUCCCAUCUUCAAGCCUCCACGUUGCCCGACCUGACACGCAAGAUGAAGACUUUGGCCAUCCUGGUAUUUUUCUCCUUGGCUGUUGCCUGUCUGACUUCAGACUCAAUGGAUUCCAAUGGGGAUGACCAUGAUGACCGCAAUGACCGUGAUGACAGCUACCGUCGCAACUACAACGGUGAUGACAACUACCGCCGCAACUACAACGGUGACGACAACCUGCGUCGCCACUACAACGGUGAUGACUACCGCCGCAACAACGGUGAUGACUACCGCCGCAACAACAACGGUGAUGACUAUCGCCGCAACAACGGAGAUGACGGCUACCGUCGCAACAACAAUGGAGAUGACACCUACCACUACCGCCAGGGAGUGUUUGUGGAGCGGUCACAGGCAGCUGCAGUGGUGCCACCAAGGAGAGCUCCUGUUGAGCUGUCCCUGACCCAGAUGGAGAACCUGAGAGAGGUGUGUGAGUCUAACGUGGCUUGUGAGCACAUGAUGGACACAGAUGGAGUCGUCGCUGCCUACAACGCCUACUACGGACCUGUUCCUUAUUAAACGCCGAAGCCCAAGAAUUGACUAGCC